ACCAUUUGGAAAUCGAUUCAUUAUUAGCCAAAUAUACAAACUAUAAACAGUUCAUUUGGAGCUAAAUAACAGAAAAAGUCGACCCAAAUUAAAAUACCGUAUUUUAUGUGUAAAUCGUGGUAGAUCAAAAACUGCUUUUCUGAAACACAAAACAGGGUUGACAUUUGUGAGAGAAGCAACGAAUAAGAGAGAGAGAGAGAUAGACAGAGACAGAGAGCAAGUCUGCAAGCUUCUCGCCAACUGUGCGAGAAAAAGCUCUGGCCGGGUAUAAAACCAGGUGUUUGAAAGCAAGAAAAAGUUUAAUUUCCAUUUGGAUUUUGCUGCGACAACAUCGAGAACCUGUGGAAGUAAAGCGUUUACCAAAACAAUAACUUCCAGCCAAAAACAACCUGCAAAGAGAAAAAAGUCAAUAAGAAGCCCUUUGAACUCUUCAAAAGCAAGAUCUCAAUUAUAUACAUAUAAGAAUCAUAAACAUCAUGUCUGAGGCACACUUUGAUGAAUACGAGCACUACAACUACGACCAUGGCAAACACAUCUUUUCGGGCCACAGCGGCAAGCAGCGCUCCAAGAAGGAGGCCAGCGAGCACACCAACCACUUUGACCCGUCUGGCCACUCGCGAAAGCUUUUGACCAAACUGAUGAACACCAACAACAACAAGAAAACGGUGAAGAACUGAUAUUACAGGCACGCCAAGGCAGAGACACAACAACAA